AUGGCAGCCACGUUUUUACAGAGAGACAUCUUUGUCGUUCAACGCGAGGAAGCCACCCCUCAGUGGCGUUGCCGCAAGUAUCACCCCGUUUCGAUGACUGUACGGGGACGGGCGGUGGCUUCUGUAAAAGAGUACCCCCUUUCUAUUAUGGCGUACAUCGACGAGCUGCAGGCUACCAAAGUCGGGGCGACCCAGGCUCUACCGUUAGUGUUGCGGUUUGGCGGCAGCCACUACUCGGCAUUGCUCCAUUCAGCGGGAGUGGCCGAUCCGUUAAACCUUACCGAUACCCAGGACGGGCCGAGUGCGUCGCCGCAGGAUCCGGUCCACUCCUUCGAGGACGCUAAAGCCACAUCGUUGGUACCAUUGGAGGAGAAAAGCGCUUCAGCACUGCCCUCAGACGACAAACUCCUUCCAGACAGCGGUGACCGGACGUCGAUCGUCAUUUACGACGCUGGAGACGUGGUCGCUCGAACCUCGGCACAACCCUCUUGUCAAUUGGAUUUAACUUCUACUUCGAGCAGCUGUUGCGAACGCGGGAUGGCCUCUGCGACGCGGAAAAGGGGCCACGGCGGCUCUCCCCCGCUCCUGGCGGCGUCUGCGGAUCCAGACGCGCCGGACGACAGAAUCGAUCGGGACGAAUGGCCGGAGCUCUGGAGUUAUCUGGGAGCCGAAUGGCCGACAACAGCAGCAACACCGUAUCCUCUAGUAUAUGGAGACUCCAACGGGUGGGAGGCUACGGCUCGUUUGGAGCCGGAAUUGUUACUCCAUCACUUGCGCCGCUUCGUCUUUCCAGACGAAGUACUUGCUAGCUUGUCCGACACAGUUUUUGUACAGUGGACGGCGCUGUGGCGCCAGGAGUGCUUAUUAUCCGGGCUCCUAGAAUUCCGACAGCGAGUGACAGAGCUACCCACGGGUGUUUGGCUAGACCAAUGGAUUGCUCGAUCGCAGCAGCGCCUUUUGCCGUCUCUGCUGGCCCCUCUGAUUGAUAAUUCCGACGAUUGGAGAAAGUUGCGAGGGAUUAACUAUGCGGGGGACGACAUUUUACGAUUGUGUGACCCACACAGACGCGUCCGACUGAGUCACCACCUCAUGUGUGCCAUCGUGUUCGACAACGAGAUUUUUGCGCUGACGGGGACUGGCGGAAAGCCAGUAAGCCCUCCCGAGCAACUCCGUUGCCACUUUCGCUUACUUCGGACCAAUAGUACCUACAAGGAUACGUACUACCCAGACGGGGAUGCUCCGAUCGACUGGACUGCGCUCGUUCGCUAUUUUACUACUGCUUUGGCCCCGGCAGAGCAGAGGUUCUUCCUCGAGUACUAA